UCAUGAGAAUUUUGCUAUCAACUUCAAGUUCACAAAUUAGACAGAAAUGAUGAAGCUAUGGUGGUUGAAAAAAAUUAACACCACACAGAAUAUAACCAAUAAAAAAAAAAUUAAAACCAGAAUGAUAUUUAAGAAAUAACUUUUGAUGGGGAAUCGUGUAUUUUUUCAAAAGUGAAAUUUCUUUAUUUUCCUUUUAUUCAUGUCGGAAUCCGCAGCCGUUAAAAUAAACGCUCUAUGUUCAUCAAGAUUCAUACGCCCAUUGUCCACAGAUGCAGCGCAUUCAUGAUCGAUGAAAUGACUAUCUAUCAUUGUAAUUUAUAAAGAUAUCAUGAUUGAUUGAUUGAUUUGUUGUUUUCCGCCACACUCAACAUUUUUUCAGUUAUCUGGUGGCGCCCAGUUUUUAUUGGUGGAAGAUAGAACCCAGAUACAAUGUACCUGGGAAGAGACCACCUACCUUCCGAAAGUAAACUGGGAAACUUUCUCACUUACCGGCGCGAGCGGGAUUCGAACCCGCGCCGACCAGAGGUGCAAGGCCGUAUGAUUUUGAGCGCGAUGCUCUAACCACUCGGCCACGAAGGCAAAACCAUUGAAAAUUCAAAUGUAUAAAGAAUAAAUGGUAAAUUGGUCAAUAAAUACAAUGGGCAUUUACAAGUAAGAGCAGAAUGUUUUGUGUGCAAUAGCAUCAUACGCAUAAAUGAAACUAUAAAUACAAUGUACAGAUCUAGAUUAUGUUUGCACGGGGGUCACAGUGGGGCAUUUUUCGUGAGAUUCAAAUACAAUUACAUUUGAUGUAAAAAUAAGAAAUAUUGAACGUGUAUCAUUUUAUUACAUAAUAUGCGCGUUGACAGUAUCAAUAGUCUAUUAAGAAUGGGUGGACUGAUAUUUGAAAGGGGAAACAGUCGAUCGUAUCUGGUUUCAUGAUAAGUGUCCCAUAUUGUUGGCGGAGGUCAGCGAACUCAACAAGCUACUUGGAAUCUGUUGCUUCAGUUUUUAUUAUUUUUUCAAUGUUAUCUUUUCUUCUGUAUGGAUUUAAUUAUAUCAACACGCUGAGAAGAAUAAAACUUCGACAUGGCGGGGUUUUUUUUUUGUUUUUUUUUUUUUUAUACAUUCAAUCUCCUGGGAUUCAUAAAUUGUCCAAUCCCAUUCACGUCACCCUGCAAAUUGAAGGUUUACCUAUAAGGUAAUUGAAUUAUAAUGAAGUUUAGAAACAGAUGAGUCCAGUCGCUACAAUAUUAAUGGACAAAUAGUAUAUCGCGAGAUACAAAUAGUACAUGUAUAUCGCGAAAUACAAAUAGUGUGUCGCGAGAUCUAAUGACUUAAAAACUUGAUAGAUUGAUUUCAUAGAUUGGAUUUACAGUAACAUAUCUAAAAAUGUAAUGCAUAUUUUGCAGAUAUCUUAUUCUGCUGUUGUUAUUAUAUACGCCAUGAAUAAAAGUGUAAUGUACAUCAUGACAACUCUUGGAUUUAUGUGGAUUUUAAUGACCAUAUUGGUUCUGCGACGUAUGAACGAAAAGAUUCUGCUUCAUACACUCAAAGACGAUGAGUUAUUCAGACUCCAGCCGCAAUGGACAACAAUCAUUAAAAAGGACUUUAAAUGGAAAAAAGUUAGAAACUCAAAUGUCUCAAAGGACAACGACAUCUUACUUGAUAAAUUAAAGCGAAAGGACUUGGGACUUACCAGAAUCGUGACGUUGAAUGACUAUCGAGGAGAUAUAAAUCUUCCACUACAUCAGAGAUACAACUUGUCAGCUCCAGGUCAAUAUGGUGGAGGCGUAUCUGUGAACAAAUCGUUACUGACGAAGGAAGAGCUCUGGGUAUAUAACGAGGGGUACAGAAAGAAUGGAUUCAACCAGUUUGCCAGCGAUAAGAUUCCUCUGGACAGAUACUUGGGGAACGUAACAGAGACAGCAUGCAAACGGAAAAGCUACAGAAGGAAUUUACCCACGGCGUCUGUGGUGGUUAUAUUCUAUAACGAGGCCUGGAGCGUCCUCUGGCGGACAGUACACAGUAUAUGGAAUAACUCCCCACGUCGUCUUCUUAGAGAAAUUAUACUGGUGGACGACGCCUCUGUUCAUGAACAUUUGGGCGAGAGGCUUGAUCAGGAGGUGGCUAGGUUCAGGGAUGUCCGCUUAGUCCGUGCCAAGAAUCGCACAGGUCUGAUUCAGGCCAGAAAUCUAGGAUUUAGUAGAGUUCAAACAGACGUGGCCAUAUUCUUAGACUCCCAUUGUGAGUGUGCUGAAGGAUGGCUAGAACCUCUCCUUGACAGAAUAGCAGAAGACGACAGAAAUGUAGCCGUUCCUCUGACGAACACUAUAGAUUACGACACGUUCCAGUACAGAGACUCGAAACUGGACAACGCGGUUCUAGGAGGGUUUGAAUUUGACCUUACCUAUGCAUGGCGGCCAAUACCCGAAAGGGAGCAAAGAAGACGGGGCUCAUUAACUGCCCCAAUCAGAUCCCCUACUCAUCUCGGCUGCUGUUUUGCUAUCAGCAGACGUUUCUUCAAUGAGCUUGGGAGAUAUGAUCCUGAACUGAUGAUAUGGGGAGGCGAAAAUAUAGAACUUUCUUUUAAGACUUGGAUGUGUGGAGGCACGAUGGAGAUAGUCCCUUGUUCCCAGUUGGGUCACUUGUUUCGGAAAACGAUGCCCUACUCCAUGGGUAAGGAUGGGUUCUUUACCCUGAUCAGGAACUCCCUCCGAGUGGCUGAAGUCUGGAUGGACCAGUACAAGGAGAUAUUCUAUGACCGCAUCUAUUACAGUAAAAACAUCGUAAAUAUUGGAGACUUAUCUGAGAGAAAAGCUAUAAGGGAGAAGCUACAGUGUAAAUCAUUUGACUGGUACAUUAAACAUGUGUAUCCCGAAAUUUAUAUUCCUUAUGGAUGCAAAGCGACAGGCCAGGUGAAGAUCAACAGUACUUGCAUAGAUUCCUACGUCAGUGGAAAUUUAUAUGGGAAACCGGUCUCUGCUAAAGGAUGUAUGUUCCUGGGAUUGUCACAGCAUUGGACGUUAACACGUGACAACAUGAUCAGACGAGACGAGGGUUGUCUGGUAUAUAACGGGAUUAGCAGCGUCCUAGUAGGACCGUGUUCUACCCUCAGCAAAUAUCUACAGUGGGAGUACACAAAAGAUAACACUAUCAAAAGCUAUGUUGGCAAUGCAUGUAUGGAACUAGAUCAGAAAAAAGGAAUAGUGGUUGCUCGAAAUUGUUCACGAAGCCUUCUGCAGAGAUGGACGUGGAGCAGAAGAACUAUAAAUCUGUCUUGAUUAUUGUGUGCAAUGAUUAACUACAUAUUCCUUUACUCACAGUUCUACUUAAUAAACUCUUCGUGUCAUUUUUAUUUCAUCACCGAGUAUUUUGUAUUUGAUGUUUUCUUUGUUUUAUUCAUCUGAUAAAUCAUCAGAAUUCCGACAUACAUGUAGCAGGCAGUUUCACAGUCAAAAUUUAAAAUAGAUGUAAUUUAUUCCUCAUUUUUUCCAGAAUGAGCAUAGAAAUUGUAUUCACUGUUGAUGCUUAUUUGAUUGUACAGCGGAGAGAGAAAGGGUCACGUAUUGUUAUAAAAAUAGUAUCAUAUGAAACAUGUUUGCUUGUUGUGGUUUUCAUUUAUACUAUUAUAAAUUAAUUUUGAGAUAGAAUGCACCUAUUAGAAAUUUUAAAGCCUUUUUUAUACAUCGAUUUUAAGGUACAUUUUGCGCCGUUUCAAGUUUGGGUAGUUCUGUAAUGCCUCUAUUUUGUGUGCUUGUGGAAGAGCACCCAAUAUUUUUCUUAAAGCUGCAUGAUCCGGCCUGAAUUAGGUUAUAAAACUUUUUGAGCACGUUUUCCUACUCAAACUCCAUGCUGUAAAUCGUACUCAAGUGAAGGUUAUAAAACUUUUAUAAAAUCAUUCUCGUACUCAAGUGGAGUAUUUCAUCCUCAAGAUUUUUAAAAUAUGCUUCGUUUUUUUUCGUUUGUUAGGGGUAUAUAUAUAUAUAUAUAUUUAUAUAUUUCAGAAGAUGUGCCGAGUAAAGUUUUGAACAUAAUUUUAUAAGCAUUGACACAUUUUCAAAAGCAUGAAAAAGAAAUGAAACAAAUAUUUGGAUAACACGGUAAAUACGUCGAGUUCUAUCCGUGCGCAUGAUUGAAGUCAAGAGAGAGAAAACCUGUUUGGAUUGGACUUAUCAUUUUUUUUGAUAGACAAAAUGUGAACUUGUUUACUCAGUCAUCGUUCAUUUUUUUUCACAAACAUGCACACAAACAAUCACGAAGUAAUUGCAAUUCACACUUUAAAAAAAAAACAUGAUUCAUUAUACGAAAGUCACAGAUGUCCACAAGUUAAGACCACGUGAUUUCUCUUUUGUACUUUCCCUCUGUGGUAGCGUUUCGCGCUCAAAAUCACACGGCCUUUCACCUCUGUCGGCGCGGGUUCGAAUCCCGCUCGCGCCGGUAAGUGAGAAAGUUUCCCAGUUUACUUUCGGAAGGUCAGUGGUCUCUUCCCAGGUGCAUUGUAUCUGGGUUCUCUCUUCCACCUAUAAAAACUGGGCGCCACCAUAUAACUGAAAAAUUGUUGAGUGUGGCGGAAAAUGCGAACAUUACCGUUUUACAUGUUUUGAUGAGAUUUAUGCAUAUGAUUUUUAUGAUAAUAUGUUUUGUGUAUCCUUGGUGCACGCACUCUGUCAUGUUUUAAUGAAUACAUUCUCACGCACUUAGUAUUUAAAACAAUAUAAUGAUCAAAGAAAAAUGGAAAUGAAAGAAAAAACAACAAGCGUUUUAUUGUAUUACACUUGCAAAAAUAUGUUCCAUGAAAAUAAAUCAGUGUAUGGGA